AAAACACCCCCCUUCGUCUAGUCAACACCUCUACUGGACGUUUGUGCAAUUGAGAUGCGCAGAUCAACACAUUCAUGGAGAGUACAGAGUACAAAGAGCUUUUGCAUUCAUUGGUGAUGUAUGCACCCCUCCAAACAGAGCCCAUCAAAGAAGCGGUCGCAAAGUACUCCAGUUGGGUAAUGUUGUCUCAUAGGUGGGAAAGGAAGGAGCCCCUACUGCACGACAUUCAGGACAAGGUCAUAUAUGACUUGGAUCCGGUUGGAACCAUGGUGGAGUUGCAGAAGUUCUGCAAAGUUGCUCGCGAUACGGGACAUCGUUGGGUGUGGAGCGACACAUGCUGCAUCGACCAGAACAACAAUGUUGAGGUCCAGCAAUCAGUGAACUCCAUGUUCGUAUGGUAUCACCACUCAGCGCUCACCGUCGUCUACCUAUUGGAUGUUCCUCCUUCGUCAGAAUCUGGCGUGCUCGCAAACAGCACUUGGAACACGCAAGGAUGGACCGUUCAGGAGUUCCUCGCUCCUAAAAUUGUUCUCUUCUACCAAACAGAUUGGACCCCAUAUCUCGACAGCCGCUCAUGCAAUCACAAGUGGUCUGUUGCUAUCAUGUGGGAGCUGGAGCGUUCAACUGGCAUAAAUGCGCGGGCGCUCGUUGAUUUCCGUCCGGGGACAAAAGAUGCUUGAGAGAAACUCCGAUGGGCGUCAAACCGGUAUACUACAAGGGAGGAAGACAUCGCCUACUCUUUGUUUGGCAUCUUUGAUUCAACCUUCCGGUUAUCUAUGGAGAGAAAAGACAGAAGGCGCUCGGACGACUCCUGCAGGAGAUCAUAGCCCAUUCGUGCGACAUCGCAGCCUUGGACUGGGUGGGACAAUCGUCCGACUUCAACAGUUGCCUGCCAGCUGACAUUUCCUCAUACAAGGCUCCGUCCUGUACACUGACAUCUGUAUC